AUGGCGCCCGACGCAGCAUUACCAUCUCGGAUGAGAGCAGCGUAUAUCGCAGAGUAUAACAAACCGUAUGCCUUCGGGGAGCGGCCGCUGCCUAUUAUCAGAGACACCGACAUCCUCGUGCGGGUUCACGCCGCUGGGUUCUGCCACUCCGACCUGCAAGCUCUGCAAGGCGAGUUCGAGAAACCAGCGCCAAUUGGUCUGAUCCCAUCUCACGAGAUAGCCGGCGUUGUCGCCAAACUGGGUAGAAGCUACCAGGGAGAUCUCAAAGUCGGCGAUCGUGUUGGCGUCCUCAACUUCAAGCAUGCCUGCGGUUCGUGUGUAGGAUGUCGCUUGACGCAAAGAAGAGGCGAAGAGCUUGAUCCUAGGUUCUGCGAUGACCGGGAAACUGCUGGCUUCUUGCACGACGGAGGGUUUGCGGAGUACGCGUCUGCUGAUCCGGAGACAACCGUGAAGCUGCCGGACUCGAUCUCGUUUGAGCAAGCGGCCCCGCUCACUUGUGCGGGAGCAACGGUCUGGGGAAGUCUCGAGGGCGCCGCAGCGGGAGUGAGCAGAGGAGAGACAAUAGCGAUCGUGGGUAUCGGUGGGCUUGGGCACUUGGGUGUGCAGUUCGCGAAAGCGCUCGGAUUCAAGGUCGUUGCGGUAGAUAGCAGAGAAGCUGGUCGACAGUUAGCAUCAGACGUGGAGAACUCAGCACUGAAGCCUGACCUUGUUAUUGACUCUUCCGACACUACAGCGGCGUCAAAAGCCAUCUUUGACUUCACAAACGGCGAAGGUGUCGCUGCCGCUGUUGUCUGCACGCCGUCGUUAGAAGCGAAUCGGUGGGCGCUCAAUAUUCUCAGGAUCAAAGGAACGCUGGGAAUACUCGGCCUUCCUCGGAACCCUUGGCAGUUCGACGCUGCGCCGAUUGUGUUUCGGGAGUUGACGAUAAAGGGGAGUUACGUGGCGGGGAGAGCGGCGACGGAGAGGAUGAUGAAGGUCGUGGAGGAGGCGGGCGUGAGGUCGCAUCUGACUGUGUUGCCGUUUGAGAAGAUUCCGGGCAUUGUUGAUAUCUAUGAGGAUGCGGCGUUCAAGGGACGGAUUGUUGUACAGAUAUGA